CUGGGGGCCACGAGAUUUGAGGUGCGGGGACCGCCAGCAGCAUGUCUCCUGUGCCCGAGAGCCACCCUGAGGCCACCGAGAUGCGCGCCACGGCCGGGCCCUCGAGGGUGCACGUGCCCGCCGGCGCGGGGCUGUGGUAGCCGCCGCGAGCCCGCGCCUCAGCCGUCCGCAGCCUCGGCGUGGGUGUGGCAGUCACCGUGGAGAGGCCAGGGUACCACAAACUUAUGGAUUUGGACAAGAAAGGAGGGAGAGGGGAGUUGGAAGAGGGCCGGAGGAUGUCCAGGAGCGGCGGGGGCCGGAGCAGCCACGGCGUGCGCACCUCGGGGGCCAGCUCGGGGGUCCUGAUGGUGGGCCCCAACUUCCGAGUCGGCAAGAAGAUAGGCUGUGGCAACUUCGGGGAGCUCCGCCUAGGGAAGAAUCUGUACACGAACGAGUACGUGGCCAUCAAACUGGAGCCCAUCAAGUCUCGGGCGCCGCAGCUGCACCUGGAGUAUCGCUUCUACAAGCAGCUGAGCACGGCAGAGGGUGUCCCCCAGGUGUACUACUUCGGGCCGUGCGGCAAGUACAACGCCAUGGUGCUGGAGCUGCUGGGGCCCAGCCUGGAGGACCUGUUCGACCUGUGCGACCGCACGUUCACGCUGAAGACCGUGCUCAUGAUCGCCAUCCAGCUGAUCUCGCGCAUGGAGUACGUGCACACCAAGAGCCUCAUCUACCGCGACGUGAAGCCGGAGAACUUCCUGGUGGGCCGGCCGGGCUCCAAGCGGCAGCACGCGAUCCACAUCAUCGACUUCGGGCUGGCCAAGGAGUACAUCGACCCCGAGACCAAGAAGCACAUCCCGUACCGCGAGCACAAGAGCCUCACGGGCACGGCGCGCUACAUGAGCAUCAACACGCACCUGGGCAAGGAGCAGAGCCGCCGCGACGACCUGGAGGCGCUGGGCCACAUGUUCAUGUACUUCCUGCGCGGGAGCCUGCCCUGGCAGGGGCUCAAGGCCGACACGCUCAAGGAGCGCUACCAGAAGAUCGGCGACACCAAGCGCGCCACGCCCAUCGAGGUGCUGUGCGAGAGCUUCCCAGAGGAGAUGGCCACGUACCUGCGCUACGUGCGGCGCCUCGACUUCUUCGAGAAGCCGGACUACGACUACCUGCGCAAGCUCUUCACCGACCUGUUCGACCGCAGCGGCUUCGUGUUCGACUACGAGUACGACUGGGCGGGGAAGCCGCUGCCCACGCCCAUCGGUACCGUGCACUCGGACCUGCCCGCCCAGCCGCAGCUGCGGGACAAGGCGCAGCCGCACAGCAAAAACCAGGUGAGGGCCGCCCAGGGCGCCGGGCCGGGGGAGGGGCGCGGGCGCCGCCGCCGCCUGACGCCCCCGCCCCCGCCCCCGCCACAGGCGCUCAACUCGACGAAUGGGGAGCUGAACGCGGACGACCCCACGGCCGGUCACUCCAACGCCCCCAUCACGGCCCCCGCGGAGGUGGAGGUGACCGACGACACCAAGUGCUGCUGCUUCUUCAAGAGGCGGAAGCGGAAAUCCACGCAGCGGCGCACGUGAGCGGGGCCGCGGGGCGCGGGGUCGCCGCUGCGCGUUAGCCCGCGGCCGUCUGCGCCCGGCCCGGCCUCCCCGAGCGCCCCGCGUUCAGACCCGGCGCCGCGCGCAUAAAGUCCGCCUUGAUCCCUCGAUCCAAAGCCGUUUUCUCGAGGGGCCGGGCCCGGCGGGGCGGGGCCGGCGGGGGCGGGGGUCCCGCAGCCCAGGGGCCGGCGGGGGCGGGGCCGCAGCCCAGGGCGCCGCCCCCCGCCCACAAUGCUGCACCAAAGCUCGGCCCGCGGGCGGCCCCGGGGCCCCGCUGCGGGGGACUGGCCUUACAGCCCCGGCGGGGGCGCGGCCGAGUCUGGGUCUCGCUUUACGUGUACAGAAAUGGCAGUGACCUGCUCCGAUGCUUCCUCGAAGCCAUAGAACUUAGGGGCUUUUUGUAAAAAAAUAAAAAAACCAAAAACAAAACCA